UCAGCCGCGGCCACCCACACGUGGUCUCCUCUCCACGUCGGGAUCCUCCGAUCCACCCAGCCCCCUCUCGGUUUCUCAACUGAGCCAACCAGUCUCCAACUCCAUGGCAACGACCAGCAAGCCGAAGCCCGCAUGUGCUCUUCCUCCCUUGCCUCCCAGGCAUGUCCCGUGACCGCAGCUCCACGAUGAACCAGCGCCCGUGCCCCGGUCCAAACCUCCAUGCACUCCACGCCCGACCUUGAGCUCUGCCUCGUCCCGCAGCCGCACGAGGGAGGAGCCCCUCGACCCUGAGCUACUCCAACCAUGCGACCUCGCCGCCGGCGACCGGAGAACAAGUUGCCUCGACCCAGCCGCUGUCAGGCAUUGAAAAACAGGGAGGAGACCAAAAUGACUCCUGGAGACGGGACUAAUUCUUGGUUUGCACGGCAACCUCAAGCGCCCCCUUGGGAUGCACUAGAGUACAACAAACUAAUAUCAGCAGGCCCGUUGCUACCACGCAUGCAGCAAUACGCAAACAUAGGUUAUGGUGGUAUCCCAUGGAAAGUUUCACCACUUCAAGCUAUCGGAGCAUCGACCAGUGCAUGGCAACAGCUAACAUCUGUAGAAUCAAGCCAAGUGUAAAGAGUACCUGCGCAAACACAAACAAGCUUGCACCCAACGCUAUAAAGGGGUUGUC